AUGGCGUCUACCCGCGGCGCCGUUAACGUGGCGGCUUCCCUUCAGCCGCCUCGGUUGGAGCACGACCCCGUGGAAGACGUCGUCCGCGUCACGUGGUCUCCGCCCCGGGACGCCAAAGGUCGCCCAUUGGUCGGAGCCCUCGUCUAUGUGGUGAUGCUCAGGGGACUGCUGCACCAGGACCGCUGGCAGGAGGUCGCCCAGACCUCGUACCUCAACGCGAGCGUGAGUCGGAGCCAGCUGAAGCAGUCGUCCCAGCUCAAGCUUCUGGCCAUGGGCCCAGAGGGACCCGCGGCUCAGACCCUGUCACCCGUGGACCUAGACGCGGGGUCCCAGGGGCUGCUGACUCAGGACGACGCGCGCGGACACGGAGAACCCCGAACGUGGACGCCUCGCCUGGUCAGCCUUCGCUGGCUGAGGUCCUCGGUCGAGGCUAUGGUCACGUGGGACGGCGCAUCCUACAGGGCGUCUGACGCGACGCCGGCAAAGUUCGAGGUGAUGUGGAAGAUUCUGGACGGCUCGAUGGACGUGACGGGCCGGCAGUACACCUCCCACGACGUGGCCACACUCACGCUGUGGCCCGAGGCCACCUACGCCGUGACGGUGCAGCGCUUCGGGAGUUCCGAGUCGCCCGACUCCGUCAGCCAGGCCCUGGUCAUCGACACCCACGGGCUGCAGCCGGAGCCCAGACCACUCCUGCAGGAAUGCCCAGGAUGCGUCCGCUUCGAGGUCGUGGCGGGAUGUGCGGCCGCCCUGUGUCUGCUCGUCGUGGCUUGCGUCGGCGUUCUGCUCGUCGGCAAGCUCCGCAGGUCACCCAGACGACACAGCCAAAGACCCAACUCCAUCACAGUUUCCACGCGGGGCGUGAAAGGUGUACCCGAGAAAGCGGCCCAUCGACUGGACAUGCAUUCGAUCAAGGCCUCUUCAAGGUUAGACUUCCCGGGGGGCUGCGCAGUCCACGAGCCGAUGCGCCACCAAGUGGUGCAGACCAGCGGCCCCAUCAGCCCCGUCGGCGAAUCGAGAGAAGACCUACUCGACGAGGACUCCAGCCAGUCUAACUACUUCGUGUUCGACCUCAACUCUUCGACGUGCAACGCGCCGAGGGUUUGAGUACGCGUGCUCAGUGCUUCGCAUCUCGAUCAACAUGGUUGUGGCUCUAUACGCUAGCGGUGCUCAAAUGGUUUCUCUGCCAAAGAACAAGUUUCGAGGGUUUCUCCGCUCCAACGACUCGCAUCAAAGUGCAAUCUCAGAGGAUGCUCAGCAAACACUGAUUUGUCUGCUGUGCCUACAGGAAGCUCGUCUCAACUGCUGAACUUAUAUAUCUCUAGGAAUGAGUGUUCUUAACCUGCGGAUUCCUCGAGUGACAUUCGCUGACCAUCUAAGUGUGCAAGUUUAGAGUUCUCGAAUGACAAUCUGAGUCUUGCUCCAUUGUGACGACAUGAUUUCGCCCUGUUUUCGCUGAUGUUGGACAAAAUGUCCGUUGAGCCGGAGACUGGAGUUUUUGCGAUUAUGAACGAACUUCAUCGAAGUCCCCGCAGAAAACCCGCGGAGAAUUCCUGGUGCAUCAGUAUAUUCACAGAAGGUGACUGGGUUCCCAUGUGAAACAUUAGCGUUACUAGGAGGUCUGUCCUG